AUGGAGCGGCACUUUUGCGCGCUGCUGCUGCUGCUGCUGCUGCUCCGCCCGGGCGUUUUUGGCAAGGUCUCCUGCCCGCGCGGCGCCUACCGGCCCGCGGAAGGCCAGUCUUGCCGGCCAUGCAGCGUCUGUGACAGGACUUUGGUCUACAAGCAGAAAUGUACCGCAACUUCCAACGCCGUUUGUGAAUGUGCUCCGGGUUAUUCAUGUGGGAAAAAUUGUGAGGCGUGUAAGUGUGAGCUCGGACAGCAACGCACGAUUGCAGGUUGUCAAAGCUGUCCAGACAAGACUUUCAAUGAUCAACAUACAGGUGAAUGCCGACCAUGGAGAAAGUGUCCGGGUGGUAAGAUUCAGGAACCAGGGACCAAGAAAAAAGAUGUGGUUUGCUGGACUCAAUCAGAAGUUCCCACCAGCCAGCCCUCCACUUCCCCAUCUGUCUUCUCUACUAAGGUUUCUUCAGAGGGGGGAAACCAGCUGAUCCUCACCAGUUUUGCUUUCGUCACCAUCCUUCUGUUUGGCGCAUGCAUGGUGUUGGCCUACUUCUUCCUCCGAUCCUGCAUCCGAAAGAAGUUCCCGAAACCUGUCCAUGGGCAGUUAGCCCAGGAGGUCGAUGAAUGCAUCUACAGAUACCCCGAAGAAGAAGAAGGAGGAAGCUGUGAAGCCCCUGCCAGUCUCAAAGGGGACCUUUUGGAAAAAUUCUCUUCACAAGAUGUAUAACAACUCUGGGUCAAAGUGCUAAGAAGGGCUUCCUUGACCCGAAGGAAACCCCCCCACCACACACACACAAAAAAGACCCCCCCAAAGCAUUUUGAGCAACUGUGCUUUUGAAUGAAUCCUUGCCAUCUUCAGAAGCGAUGGAAGAAUCCC